AUGAAUGCGAUUUCAUCUCAUAAUAAUAGUUUCCUUGAAUAUGUGAAUUAUGAUGUUAAUUUCAUUAAUUUUGAUUGUCAAAAGUUCACAGAUGCUCAGAACUUAAAAGCAUUAUUUAUCUUUUUCGAGAAAGAUAAAAACUCUAUAAUUCCAUGGUGUGCAGCGUUUCCACAAUCCAUUGAUUUGCUCAAAAAUGAGAAUCUUGAUUUUGGAAGAGUCGAUAGACGUAAGAGAAACCUACUACAUUUUGCUGCUUUAUAUGAUAACAUAGAGAUAUGUAAACUUUUAUUAGGUUCACCAGAAGUUUACAAAAUAAAUAUCAAUGCAAAAGAUUCAGGAAGCAAAACUCCAAUUGAGUACGCAGCUGAAAAAAAUUAUAAAGUGUUAACUGAGUUUCUAAUUUCACAUGGAGCUGAGAUUAAUGAAUAUCAAAUACCAUUGAGAAACAACUGUACAGAUACUGCAGAAAUUUUCCUUUCUCAUGGUGUUGAUGUUAAUGCUAAAAUUUAUGCUACACCAAUACUUAUUGCUGCAAUUAGGAAUCAUUCUAAAGAUGUUGCAAAGCUUAUUGUAGAACACGGCGCCAAUGUCAAUGAAAGAGAUAUUGGGGAUGGUACUGCUCUUCAGUUUGCAGUUUGUAAUAAUUACAAAGACUUAGCUGAAUCUAUUAUACUUAAAGGAGCUGAUUUAUUUGCAGAAGAUCGAAAAGGAAGAUCUGCCAUCUAUUAUGCACGCACGCAAGAAAUGAAGGAUCUUCUUGUCAAAUAUGGAGGGGAAAAAAUGAGAGCAAAACUUCAUGAAGUCGAGGAAAAACAAAAAUUUUCUAUUGACAUUGGGUCGGAAUUUGACGAUGAAUUCGACAAUUUAAUAUAUACAGAAUUUGAUGAAAUGCUUAUAUAA